AAGUAUCUAUAUUUGUUUAAAAUAUUGUAAAUACGAAUAUUUAAAUAAUAAUAAGUUUUAUUUUUACGCUCUGUCUUUAAGUAUUAUUUUUUGCAGCAUGAAUCUAGCAAAUAUAGCUCGCAAUAUGCACUUAUGUAUAGGUAUUAUUUUACUUGUACUACAUCGUAUGUACAUUACAACCAGCUCAUGAAAAAUUCAUGAGAAAUCGACAAAAGAAAGAUUUUUUAUUCGUUUCAUAGGAUCCCUCAGCUAAUAUAUUAUUUACGACUUCCUACCCCUACAUACUGGAAGUAGUAAUUUAUCCUUAAGUCAGCUUCAACUCUUGGUGAAUAUUAUUAGAUGGCCAUUACAAUUGAUGUGUUUAUUUUCGCACCUACUUUCAACCAUAAACAAAGAAUUUAGAUUUGAAUGCAAAGAUGCGAAAAAUAUUCCAUAAUUUGCUUCAAUUGCAAUCAAUAUUUGGUGUUUGGACACCAGAAAUUGAAAAUAAUUCGACGGUGAACAAAUUAAUUUAUACGGUUAACAGAGUUUUGAUUUUCCCUAUGCCAAUUUUACUCAUUGUUGGAAUGAUUUUGGCUUUGUUAUACAACAAUCUGAAUGAAGAAGACUAUUUGGAAACGGUUAUGAUGUUACUGACGGUGUUAAAUAAUUUUUUAAAGGCAGUUGGCAUGAGACUUGGCAGGAAAUACCUAAUAAAAAUUAUCGAAAUAACUCGUUGUGAGAGAAUGAGCAGAUUACAUGAUCCUGAAGAAGUACUCAUCGAGAAAAAUUAUAGCAUAUUUUUAAGGAAAUUUUUUAACUCUCUUCACAUCAUGAUAGGAGCUACUUGGUUCGCAUGGGUCUUGCCAAUAUUAUUCCAAAAUAAAAACCAGCGAGUUUUGCCCGUUAAAGUCUGGACUGGUUUUGAUGGGCUGAGCGAUCAAGAUUUCUGGUGGUUUUUUAUUCCAGAUGUCGGUUUUUUUUUGGUCGCUGCAAUAAUGGCGUUGCAUCAUGAGUUGGUUCUAACUACUGUCUUACUAUUCACUUGCUCGCAAUUCGAUAUUUUGGCCCAUCGCAUCAAAAAUGUCGCUAGGAAGGCAACUAAAAUUGCCAACAGCACCCAUGGCUAUGUGGAAUCUUGCGAAAGUCGAUUGAUCGAGGAGUGUGUCACACAUCAGUUGUUAAUUUUCAAGUGA